AUCUUUGAUCCUUACCUUGAUUAUCAUAAUCUCUAUUUUUCGAGUGUUGGGUUUAAAUUUUCUUUCUAUUUAUGAUAAGGAGUUAUGUGAAAGAGAGAGAGAGAGAGAGAGAGAGAGAGAGAGAGAGAGAAAUUUAUUUUUUUGACUUUUGUGUUGAUUUGUUUCUCAAUAAGAGAAGGAAGGGUCUUGUCUAUUUGAAACAUAAGUAAAUUAAAUCUCUCUCGUUUUCUUAGCUCAAGGGUUUUCAAUUCCAAAACUUCUCAAUUUUUUUUUUUUAAAAAAAUCAAUUUUGAGAGUGAGAGAGAGAGAGAAAUGGGUAGAACUCCAUGUUGUGAUAAAGCAAAUGUGAAGAAAGGACCAUGGUCUCCUGAGGAAGAUGCAAAGCUCAAAGAUUACAUUCAAAAACAUGGAACUGGUGGCAAUUGGAUUUCUCUCCCACAAAAAGCUGGUUUAAAGAGAUGUGGGAAAAGUUGUAGAUUGAGAUGGUUAAAUUAUCUGAGACCUGAUAUCAAACAUGGAGAUUUUUCUGAGGAAGAAGAUACAAUAAUUUGCAAUCUCUAUACUACCAUUGGAAGCAGGUGGUCAGUAAUUGCUGCACAAUUACCAGGAAGAACAGACAACGAUAUAAAAAACUAUUGGAACACAAAAUUGAAGAAGAAACUAACUAGCCCACAUGGGAUGCUGCCCCAAUUUAUUCAACCUUCAUCAACAAACUCAUCUUCAUCUUCUUCUUCACCAUCUUCAUACUCCAAUAAUGGGCCCUUGAUCUCCACCUUAUUAGAACCCAUAUCAUUCUCAUCCAAUCUUCUCCUAAACCCCACCACCACUACCACCAACAAUAAUGCUACUCCAUUAUUUAAUCAUCAAGCUGUCUCUCAAGAUCAUCAAAGCUUUAUGAUGAGUACAAUGGUGGGGGGUGAAAAUAAUUAUCAUGUGAAAUUAGGUGAUCAGAGGUCGUUGCUUGUGUUUGGAGGGGAUCAAGGGAGUUGCAGCUCAUCAGACGCGGAAUACGGUGGCGGAAUUGGAGUAGAGGAGAAGAGGAGAUCGUUGUCGUCGUCAAAUAUGAGUUUUGUAGAGUGGUCUAGAGUUGUGAAUGGAUGGAAUAAUAAUGAGAAGCAAUUAGAAGAUCAAGGGAUGUGGAAUAAUAAUAGUAAUAUGGAAAAUAACUAUAGUCCAUUUAUGGACUAUGGGCUCGAGGAAAUUAAGCAGCUAAUUAGUUCAAGUAAUUGCACCACCAAUGUUCUUUUUUGAUGAAGCUACCACACUCACUCCUGAUCAAAUUACUUUUGGUUGUUGUGUGUGUUCUUCUUCUUUUUUUUUCUUUUUUUUUUGUAAAUGAUACAAGAUUUUUGGGGUUUCUUUUAGAGAAUGGUGUAAAUAUUUGUUAAUAAUCAUGAUCAACACUGAUUUUAAUUUCUUUUGUAUUUUAUGCUAUUUUUCAAUUUGAUUGAUGAGUUAAUUGAAUCUUUAGUUUAAAGGAGGA